UCUCUUGUAAGUUCUUUGAAUAAAAGUAAUAAAUAAAAUUAUAAAAAUUAUUGGUAAUCGAUUUAUUAAAGUGUGUGCUUUAGUGGGUGUAAUAAAGAAUAAAGGACUUUGUUUUUGGUGUUGAAUAAAUAAAUAAAUAAAUUCCAGUGGUGCAUUUGUUGCUUUGAAAGUGACGACGACCAUGCCGUACGCGUUCGGUGUAUUGGCUUUUUAUAUUGGACUGCUGGCUGUAACUAAUGCCGCCAGCAACGGCGCCUCGUCCUCUGCCUCCGCCCUGGCUACGAGCGGCUCCUCCCGCUGGGAGCCCCAGGUUGCGGUGUUGUGCGACCCUGGCCAGGGCUACCACCCGCAGCACCUGGCCGACGACGGCCGAUGGACGGCCGAUCUGACGGCGAAGCCGCCGAGGGGAUCGGCCUGCCUUCGGGACAAGAUGGACAUACUGGAACACUGCAAAAAGGUUUAUCCAAACCGAGACAUAACGAAUAUUGUGGAAUCAUCUCAUUACCUAAAAGUGAGCGGUUGGUGCCGUUUGGGAGCAACAAAUCAGGCCAAAUGUAAAGCCGCCAGAUGGGUCAAACCUUUCAGAUGUCUUGAGGGUCCCUUCCAGUCUGACGCCCUUCUGGUGCCCGAAGGGUGCCUUUUCGACCACAUCCAUAACCAGUCGCAUUGCUGGCAAUUUUCCAGAUGGAACCAGACUGGUGCAAGGGCUUGUUCAGAAAGAGGGCUCCAAUUGAGGUCCUUUGCAAUGUUACUACCCUGCGGAAUAUCCUUGUUCAGUGGGGUUGAAUUCGUGUGCUGUCCUAAACACUAUAAAGAUAACAGCCGAGUAAAGAAAAUCGACUUACCAGCCAUGAAAGAUUCUGAUCUGAUCCCAAUUCCUGAUGAUCUCGAUGAUGCCAGCAUGGACGACGAAGAAGAUGACGAUGAUGAAGAAGGCGACGCAGAAGACGACUACGACUCCGAGGAAGACUCCGAAUCAGACCCAUCAGAUCAAACAGACUCCUCUGAUUCCAACCAGAACCCACCACUAUCCGCAGAUUGGCCAGAUUCUCCUUCCCAGCAAACACCAUCAUUAUCCAACUCGUUUACCUCAACUCAGGCGGCGGUGACGCCUUCGCCUGCUCCUACAACCGCACAGCAGGCCGUCACUCAGCAACAGCAAUCGGUGACACAGCCUCCACAGCUGGUGACCUCGACACAGGCACCACCAAGUGCCCAAACCCCGGAUCCUUACUUUACCCAUUUCGAUCCUCGAGUCGAACACCAGAACUACAAGGAGGCCCAGCAGAGGUUGGAGGAAACCCACAGGGAAAAGGUUACUAAAGUGAUGAAGGAUUGGUCAGAUUUGGAAGAACGUUAUCAAGACAUGCGUUUGGCCGAUCCGCGUGCCGCCCAAGGCUUCAAAAGACGUAUGACUGCUCGAUUCCAAGCCAGCGUGCAGGCUUUGGAGGAACAAGGAGAGGCUGAGAAGCGCCAGUUGGCUGCUAUGCACCAGCAAAGGGUUUUGGCACACAUCAAUCAGCGCAGGAAGGAGGCUAUGGCAUGCUACACCCAAGCAUUGACUGACCAACCACCAAAUACUCACAGAGUGCAGAAAUGUCUCCAAAAACUCCUCCGAGCCCUUCACAAAGAUCGCGCCCACGCCUUGGCUCAUUACCGCCACUUAUUGGCGUCAGCAACCACCGGCAACGGAGGUCGAAAUGGAGGUUCAGCCGCCGGUGGCGGUUUGGAAGCCGCUGCCAAUGAAAGACCACGAACUCUUGAACGUUUAGUCGACAUCGACAGGGCUGUCAACCAGUCUAUGCAGAUGUUGAGGAGAUACCCCGAAUUGGCUGAUAAAAUUGGACAACUUAUGGACGACUACAUACAGGCGCUUCGUUCCAAAGACGAGACUCCAGGUUCAAUGUUGGCCAUGACGGAAGACGCAGAAAUCGCUAUUUUGGACAAAUACAGGACAGAGGUGGAGCGCAAGUUGGCAGAAAAAGAGCGACAACGCCUCUUCGAAAAGCAGCGCAAGGAGCAGAGAUCUCGUGCCAGGGCGGAAUUACGCCAGGAAAAAAUGCGAUCUGAAGCAGCCAGACACGAAUUGACUGCCAAAGUAGCAGUCACGGAAGAGCAGACCCCCGACAAAGAGGAAAUGGAGCCUAAGGACCUCGAGGAAGAGGAGGAUCAACGGGAUUCUGACGAGAGCGAAGUCAAAGUUGUUUCUAGCUCAACACAAAGGCCGUUGGUAGCAGCCCAGCACAACAGUGGCGUCGUCGACGACGCAGCAGUACAAAGGGCUGUCGAGCAAGUUGCCUUACAAAGGCAAACAGAAGCAAGGGCUUCGCAUGCAAUGACGCACGAUUUGGGACAUGGAGAACCGGGUUACUCUCUGCGCACCCACGACUUAUUUACCCCUUCAGGGCGUUUAGGUGAAGGGCGCAGUGUGUACUUUACACUGGCAUUUGCAGGAGUAGCCCUUGCUGCAGCAGUCGUCGUCGGAGUUGCAGUCGCCAAAAGGAGAGCUGCAAGGUCGCCAGGAGCGCAAGGAUUUGUUGAGGUUGAUCAGGGGUGCGGAACAGUUCCUGUUCCGGUGACACCGGAAGAAAGACAUGUUGCCAACAUGCAAGUGAACGGAUAUGAAAAUCCAACGUAUAAGUAUUUCGAAGUGAAAGAGUAAUCUUUUAUUUAAAUCUAUUUCUAAAUUCUCAAUUUUAAUUUAACAUUUAAAUUCCAAGAGAGAUGAUAGUCGCACACUUUCUAAUUGACAUCUUGAUUAUUAAAUAAUUACUAGUGUGGGAUUAUUUGUGAUAAGCCGGGGGUAAAAUUGAUAGAGAUGUCGCAUGAUGCCAGGUGGAAAAUUAUGUGGAGGAGUUAUAUGCUUUUUUAUAGAUUGAAUGUGAUUUUAGUAUUGGAAAGACGUUUUUAUGGAUUUUGCUCCUGGUAUAGAAAAGACACGGGAUGCUGUAAUUGUUGAAAUAGGCGGAACAAAUAUAAUAAUACACUUGUAUCUUAAAGACAACAA